AUGCAGGAAAGGAUACAUGCAUUGGAAGCCCAGCUACACCUGCACCUUUAUCACGACGGUACUGGACUGGUGGACUACGCUUCCAUUGGUUCGGGAGCUAGGAUCAUCCCCAAACUUACAUCGGAUACAUAUUCGGACGAACGAACGGUAUCAUGGUAUGGACGGUGGAGGAAACGUGAAACCUCCGCCGAUCUAGUCGGACUCCCGCCGGAGUUUGCCAUCAUCCCCAACACUCAUGUGGGCAGCUGCUGGCCGAUGAAAGGACGGCAGGGUUCCUUGGGGAUCUCUCUCGCUCGCCCCACCACCAUCACUUCCUUUACCAUCGACCACGUCCCACGAGACAUGUCACUUCGGUACCAGAUAGCGCCACGAGAAGGUGACUUGUGGGGACUAUUGGAUGAGCUUCCGCCUCCCGGCCUCCAUAUUUCCAACCUCACUAUACUCGCCCUGUCGAAGUCGUCCUCCGUAUUCCCGGAUACCUCCCGAAUCCGCCGGUCCCGGUUCGCACAAUCACACCUCACCCACCUCGGAUCCUUCGCCUUCGAUAUGAGCAGCGGCCGCCCUUUCCAAACGUACAACAUCUCGAAGGAUACGCUCGAGCUGCUGGGGGACACUAAGUUCAAGAUCGUCGUUCUAGCGAUCAAGGAGAACUGGGGGAGCGACGAUCUGACGUGCUUAUAUAGGAUACGAAUACAUUCUGACAGUCAGGCAGAGAUGGCGGGGAGCACGUAA